CUUUAGUGAUUUCAUACUAUGGCGGAAGUCAGGAAACGUCAACAUGAACAAAAUGAGAAAAAAACCUCUGCUAAAGGCGCAUUAUCUGAGACCGAAAUAGAAGAGAAGAGCGACAAGAGAUCAGCCAUCGUACUGAAACUUUUCGCAGCUGGAUUUUACGGACUAAGCUCCUUUCUCAUUGUUGUUGUGAACAAAAGUGUUCUCACUGGUUACAGGUUUCCUUCAUCAACAUGUGUCGGGAUUGGUCAAAUGUUUGCUACAAUUGUAGUACUAUGGAUUGGAAAGGCAUUAGGUGUUAUCAAAUUUCCCGAUUUGGAUUUGAGUAUACCAAACAAGAUGUUCCCACUUCCUCUUCUGUACGUGGGGAAUCAGGUAUCAGGCCUGUUUGGGACACAACGACUCAAUCUUCCCAUGUUUACAGUACUUAGGAGAUUCUCCAUCUUGUUAACCAUGUUGGCAGAGGGCUUUCUACUGAAAAAGACCUUCUCUGGGUCUGUCAAGCUCACAGUGUUUGCCAUGAUUUUGGGUGCAUUUGUUGCUGCAAGCUCUGAUUUGGCCUUUGACCUCCAAGGUUAUGUAUGCGUCAUGCUGAAUAAUGUCCUGACUGCUGCCAAUGGGGCUUAUGUAAAGCAGAAACUCGAUUCCAAGGAGCUGGGCAAGUAUGGACUGCUGUACUACAAUGCCUUGUUCAUGAUCCUCCCUACUGUGUUGUAUGCACACUACACUGGGGAACUGCAGACGGCCAUAGAGUUUGAAGGGUGGUCCAAUGUGGUGUUUCUUAUCCAGUUUGGGCUCUCCUGUGUUAUGGGGUUCAUUCUGAUGUACUCCAUUGUGCUGUGCACUCAGUACAACUCUGCUUUGACCACUACCAUUGUGGGAUGUAUUAAAAAUAUUCUAGUGACGUAUAUUGGCAUUGUGUUUGGCGGGGACUACAUUUUCACCUGGCUCAAUUUCAUUGGCUUAAACAUCAGCAUUGCUGGCAGUCUAGUGUACUCGUACAUCACCUUCACAGAGGAACAAUCAAAAAAAUACUGAACAUGACCAUGCCAGUGGAAGGUUGCCAUUAGAGAUAUAGUACCUCUAAUAUUACCAGCUCAAGAUGUGAAAGCAUGUUUUGUAUAAUUAUCCUACUGCAAUCAUUUGUAAUCCAUUUAGAUUUUACUAAAUCGUUUUUUU